CUUCCUGGAUUGGAUUGGAUUGGAUUGGAUUGGAUUGCCGCUUCAAGACAACAUCUUGACAAAUUGCACUGACAAGUGCGUUUGCUCCCUUGAAUAACAAUGACCCGCCCGACGGAUGAUUGCCUCUAUCCUCAGCCAAAAAGUGGCCAGGCUGUACACACCCAGGAGAGCGGGGAUGCAGGCCUCUCCUCCAAAAUGGAGCACAGGUUUAGCGAUGAUUACAAUGAAAGUACUUUGCCGGCGUUGUGUAAGGGCAGCUUGGUGAGACCCAUUCCCAAGGAGGACCUCGAAAUGUCUGAGUGCCCCGGGACGACCGGCGAGGUCGUGCCUUGCCGACCGGCCUUUGAGCCUCCCGCUGCGUCAAAGUCAGAGUCCCACCAGCCCCUGGGUGUGACUCAGGAGGGGUUGUGCCCCAACAAACUUCGAGCACAGGCCACACCUUUGGCUCUACUAAAGAGGGACCAGGCCGGGGAGACUGUCGACAUGUUCCCUGGAACUACAGUUGCGACAGAGGGAGAGCUGGAUUUCAAGUUGCAGGCAGGAGAUGGCUGUGUUGAUGAUUCUGGGAUGGAUGCCGGGGGAAACUCCGUGAAACCAGAGGGCCCCCUACUUGUUCCUAAAGACACGAGAGACGGCAAGCACUCCAGGAAAAGAAUGGAAAGGAAGAAUUGGAAGUUGUUCCUUCUGGCAUUUGCACUCAUUGUUCCCGCCUCUGCGGCCUUUACUGGAACUCAAGCUGAAGGAGACAAAAAGUUUCAGUGCUUUACCUGCGUGGACAAGGAGCAAUGCUCAAAGUUGGUGGCCAUAUACGAUGCUUAUGACAAACUGCUAUUCUACAGAGACUUCAGACAACCAUUUCCACAGUGCUCUGCGGUCUCCUCACCCUUUCCUAAGAGUUGCUCCGUGUGCAGCUUCCAGGCCAACAUCAUCAUCAGUUGCCCGCAGGAUGCGGGAACAUUGGAUAUGGAAGCCAGUGAUGGAUCGCAUAUAUUAAACAUCUCUACUGUAUGUGAACACCAGCAGCCCAGUGGUCAUGCACAUGCUGGAAUGAUUCCUAGUGUUCUUUUUUUUUUUAUUGUGCUCGGAGCUCUUGCGAUACAGAUACUUUAAAAAAUGGAUUGAAAAAGUGUACAGUGAAGAACUGCAUGAUCAUCAAAAAGAAGAAAGUAGAGGCCACUCUCUCGCCAAGUCAUUCAGCAAGCUUUUUUUCAUGUACUUUUUUCUCAGGUUUUUUUGGAGGGGGUGGGGAUGUUUUGAAAUUGCUUUAGCUGCCAUACAACUAAUAAACUAGCUGCACAUGGUAUUUUUGGGGGUCUUUAACUGGUUAAUCAGUCGUAUCUUUAUAUUGCUUGCUUUAUCUGAUCAAUACUCAAAAACCUUUACAAUUUUUAAUUCAAAGUCAAGCUUCAAAUCCUCUCAACCAAGAGGCUGGAGGAUCUUGGUUAAAUCACAGCUUAUUGAUUAACACACGGUUGUUUCUCUGUCAACUGCCAAUUUGACCGUAGCGCGCUGCUUGAUCUCUAAGGAUGUUUAAAAUCAGUAAGCUUUCUGCAAAAAUGGCCAAAUGGAUAUGGAUGGAUACCAGUUCAGUCUCGAUGAAAAAAUGACUGUAAACAGCA